AUGUUACGUAUUUUUAUUAUUUUUCAAAUUAUUAUAUACCAUGUAUAUACUUAUUUAAAUAAUAUAUCUUCAAAAGAUUUUAUGAAUUUAAGAAGAAAAAGACAAAUUCUUGGAAGAGCAUAUAACUAUUUUAUAGAUCCUACUGUUAAUUUUCCAGGAAUCACUCAAGCAAUUAAUUUUUAUAGAACCAAUACUUGUACAAGAUGGCAAUUAGUUAAUACAAUCACUCCAACUACAGAUGUAGCAUUUUUACCAGGUCCUAAUUGCUCAAGUACAAUUGGUAUGGAUCCAAAUAAUCUUCCUCAUGUUAUUUUUGUUACACAAUCAUGUAGUCAAAAUGGAAACAUGCAACGUGAAAUUGCUCAUGCUUUAGGAUUAUUUAAUGAAGAAGUCCGCCCUGAUAGAGAUAAUUUUAUAAGUGUUUUAUAUCAAAAUGUAAUACCAAAUAAUUUUGGUGAUUUUACUAAAAAUAAUUUAAAUAUUGUUGGUCCAAAUGCUCAAAGAUAUGAUUAUGGUUCUUUAAUGCAUAGUGAUUUACGUUUUAAUUCUAGAAAUGGAAGACCUACAUUACAAUUAAAAUAUCCUAAAUUUCUAGAAACUACUGGUCAAAAAAUAUCAUUAAGUUUUAAUGAUCUUAAAUUAAUUAAUACUGAAUUAUGUAAUCAAUGUCCAAUAAGAUUACCAUGUAGAUUUGGAGGAUAUACUUAUGAAGGUAAAUGUAAUGCUUGUACAUGUCCUGUUUUUCAUGGAGGACGUCUAUGUCAAAGGGUUAGAAGAUCACGUCCUAGCUGUGGAAAUACUAAUUUACAUGCUCGGUCUGUACCUAAUUCAUUUACAAUUCGUGGAAUAAGAAACUGUUUUUAUAAAAUAAGAGCUGGUGUUGGAUUUUUAGUUAAAUUAACAAUAAAUGAAGCACUCCUUCCUGGUGGUAGAUGUUGGAGAAAUAAGGGUAUUGAAGCAAGAGUUUUUGAAGAUAAAGCUUUAUCUGGAGUACGACUUUGUGGAUAUGUCUUUAAUGAAGUAUUAAAAUCAAAAGCUAAUGGUGUUAUCAUUCAAUAUAAAGGUGCUAGACCAUAUCAUUUUAUGAGAAUAACAUAUGUACGUGUUAAAGAUUAA